UUUACAGACUCUGCUCAAGUCGGCGUCUCAUACCAUUUCCAACCAAUUUCUCUCUCUCUCUCUCUCUCCACAUAUAUAUAUAUAUAGCUGGUAAGCAGGGAUUCAAAACCACGAUUAUUGUUUGUUUUAAUCGGAAAGUACAGGUUGGGAGCCAUGGCAGAUGAGAGAGAGGCGUUAUUGAAGAAGAGGCAAAUGUACGCUCGGAGCAUUUCGCACGCGCACGACGAGCUGCAGAGCUUCAGGUGGUGGCUGCAGUGGAUGUGCGUGGACCAGUCGAAUGCGUGGACGGCGGGCCUGUCGUGGACGGUGUUCGUGGCGAUGGCCGUCGUCGUCCCCUGCCUCUCGCAUUUCUACCUCGCCUGUGCCGACUGCGACGCCAGCCACAGCAGGCCGUACGAUGCCGUCGUCCAGCUGUCUCUCAGCGCCGUCGCCGCCGUCUCCUUCUUCUCCCUCUCCUCAUUCGUCAGGAAGUUCGGCCUCCGGAGGUUUCUGUUCUUCGAUAAACUCUGCGAUGAGAGCGAGUCCGUUCGCCACUGCUAUACUCAACAGCUUAACGGGUCCAUGCAAAUCCUGUUCAUCGUCGUGCUGCCCUGCUUCGCUGCAGAGAGUGCAUAUAAGAUAUGGUGGUACACCUCAGGGGCCACUCGCAUUCCCUUCUUGGGCAACGCUUACGUGAGCGACACAGCAGCGUGCAUCCUGGAGCUGUGUUCCUGGCUCUAUCGGACGGUCGUCUUCUUCCUGGUGUGCGUCCUCUUCCGUCUGAUCUGUUACUUGCAGAUUCUCCGGCUCCACGACUUCGCCCAGGUGUUCCAAGCCGAAUCCGACGUCGAAUCGGUGCUCAGAGAGCACCUUAGGAUCCGGAGGCAUCUCCGCAUCAUAAGCCAUCGAUACCGGGGGUUCAUAAUGUGGGCCCUUAUUUUCGUCACCGUGAGUCAGUUGGCGUCGCUUGUCGUGACCACCAGGUCCGGCGCCGAUGUCAGCGUCUUCAAAGCCGGAGAACUUGCGCUAUGCUCCGUCAGCCUCCUCGCCGGGCUGACGAUACUUCUAAGAAGUGCUACGAAGAUCACGCACAAGGCGCAGUCUAUAACGAGCCUGGCAGCCAAAUGGCACGUGUGCGCCACGAUAGAGUCCUUUGAGGCAGUAAUCGAAUCCGAGACUCCAAUGGCUCAAGUGAGCUCUACUAGACCUGUGCCCGUGACCGCAGACUUAACAUCGGAUACCGAAGAUGUGGGCUAUGAAGAAGAUGAGAUUGACAACACCAGGAUUAUCCCAGCUUACGCCUACAGCACAAUCUCAUUCCAAAAAAGACAAGCAUUAGUGACAUAUUUUGAGCACAACAGAGCAGGAAUCACGUCAUAUGGACUUAUGCUGGACAGGGGUACGCUCCACACUAUAUUUGGGAUUGAGUUGUCCCUCGUCCUUUGGUUGCUUGGAAAGACCAUUGCCAAUAUUUAAUGCCUUUCUUUCUCUCUUUUUUCUUUUUUUUUUUGUCAAUUAUUUAUUUUUUAAUUUAUUUUGUUAGAAAUAUAAAUAAUGAAGCUGUUAUUUAAUAUCAUUGUCUUUUCCUAAAUCUAAAAAGG